AUGCCUAUCGGUAAAAUAGAAGUGUUUAAUAUCGAGUCGGACAGCUGGUCGACUUACGUGGAGCGGUUGGAACAGUAUUUGGUGGUCAAUGAAACAAAGGAGGAUCACAAAGUGCCUACGUUAAUAACUGUUAUGGGAAAUCAGGCUUACGAACUGUUAGUUACCCUUUGUACACCAGAUAAGCCAGCUAGUAAAAAGUUCGCCGAGUUAGUGAAAGUGAUGAGCAGCCAUUUGCAACCGAAACCGAGUUUGUUAGCAGAGCGGUACCGUUUUCGUAACAGGAAAAAAAAAGAGGGCGAAUCUGUGGCGGAUUUUGUUGCAGAACUCAAAAAGUUAGCAAAGCAUUGCGUCUUUGGGGCGGAACUGAAAGAAAAUUUGAGAGAUCAGCUGGUGUGCGGACUUUGUGAUGAAACAAUACGGCAGCGUUUGUUUACCGAGGAUGAUAUUUCGUUCGACCAGGCAUUACAACUGGCGGUAGCGAUGGAGGCAGCGCAGUCAAAUGCGGCGGCAGUGGAUGGUCGGGCUAAAGGCAUAGAAGGCAAUCCGAGCACAGCGAGUGCUUGUCAUGCGGUAUCGGGGCAAUCGUGGCGCGGCAAGAGGGCGAUGACGUCAUACCGGGGAUCAAACAGCAAGGAUACGCGGCAGCCUGGCAACAGCGAGUCACAUCUUUCGGGGUCUAAGCGCCAGGGUCAGGGUCAUCGAGAGAAACGCCGGACUGAACAAGCGACAUACAGUGAAGUAUUUGCGGAGGGGCUCGGGCGGUACACGGGUGGCGAGGUGAGUCUGCGGGUGCGCGAGGGCGCGCGGCCCGUGUUCCUGCGCGCGCGACCGCUGGCGUACGCACUGCGCGAGCCGGUGGAGCGCGCGCUGGACCAGCUGGAGCGCGACGGCGUUAUUACGCCGGUGGAUUCGUCGGACUGGGCCACGCCGAUAGUACCCGUAGUCGAGACGGACGGGACCAUUAGGGAACUACACGUGGGCCACUUAGGAAUAGUAAAAAUGAAGGCCGUGGCCCGGAGUUACGUGUGGUGGCCCGGCAUCGAUGCCGACAUUGAGGCAUGCUGCGCGGGCUGCCACACGUGCGCGGCGGAGGCGCCGGCGCCGCCGCGCGCGCCUGUCAAGCCGUGGGAGUACCCCGGCGAGGUAGUUUCGGACAAUGGCCCUCCAUUUACCAGCAAGGAGGUGGACACGUUCAUGCGAUAUGGUAGGUAUGUGAGGACACGAGUGAAACGCACCGUAGCUAAUUGCACACUGGUUUAA